CCCAAAACAGCUGCACUCUGAUUAGUUGGAGCAACGGUUGUUAUUAUUGUUUGUGAGACCGACGCACUGUUCUAUUGAAUCAUACUUCCAAUUUUACCCUCAAACCGUUCAACCCACUCUUUAUAUCCGACACUGCCGUGGCGGAGGGCUUAAUAUAAAAGGGCCAAACUGUGCGGGGUUCCUUAACCGUUGCUAGCAUUAGCUAGCACAUCAAACGGGCAAACUACUGUGAGAGUUGCAGCCAUGGCGUGGAUGGGACACGGAGCUCCAUUUCAAGCAAAUGGUGAGCAGAAUAACGACCCAAGUCAGUCGAUGGGACGUUUUGCUGGUUUCCAUCCCAACCAACAGACACCAUUGUCCCCCCUUUGUGGCUGCCCCAUGGCGUCACUUUGCCAGAGCCAACAGCGCUGUGUGAAGGCCUCCAUCGUCUCCAGCUGGAGGCUGGCUGAAGCGCAGGACCAGCUGUGCUCUUUGGGAGUCCACAGUUCUGAAUCGCUGGAGCAGGAACGCGCUCGAACCCUCGCUUGUCCAACAGAGCUCACAAACACAGAGCAGGAGUGGCGGCGCAAGGAGAACUUGCUGGGAGGUCCAGAACCGAGCCGCAGUCCCGUGCUUGGUGCCACAGGAAGUUGGGACGUUUUUGAUAAGAGUAUAUUUAAUUUUCAGCAUCAGUCUGUGGAAAUGGAUCAGGACAACUGCAAAACGUUUCUUCAGAAGUAUGAACAAGAGCUCAGGCAUUUUGGUAUGCUACGGAGAUGGGAUGACAGUCAGCGAUUCCUCUCACACAUGCCACAGCUCAUCUGUGAGGAAACUGCUAAUUUUUUAGUCCUGUGGUGCAUUCGAUUACAGCAAGAAGGAAAAGAAGCACUUAUGGAGCAGGUGGCGCACCAAGCAGUGGUUAUGCAGUUUAUCUUAGAAAUGGCUUCAAAUUCUCAGCAAGAUCCCAGAGGCUGCUUUAGGCAGUUCUUCCACAAAGCCAAAGAGGGACAAGAUGUGUACCUUGAAGCUUUUCAUGCAGAAUUAGAAUCCUUCAAACAGAGAGUUAAAGAAUAUGCUGCUAAAUGUAGAAACGAUGCUUUGAAUGUUGACCAGCAGAAUGAUGGCACAGGCUACAGACCGAACACCAAAGGAACAACAGACUUUAUAUCACAGGAGGAUGCUGAAUACAAGAUGAAGCACUGUUUAGAGGCAGGACUGUGGACGAGUACAGGGAAAUGGACAAAGGAUGACGCCACAGAAACAGAAGACAACCGGAUGAUGGAAAUCUCUUAAUGACCGUCACUCCAACCCUGCUCUUCUCCCAUCUCAGUCCUUUGUCCACGUAGGAACAAUCUGAGUUUGUAAACCUCCAUCCAGGACACCAGGCGGAUACACGGCUGCAGAGCAGGAAUAACUGGAGAACUGAUCCGCUUGUUUGUUGCAUCUUGCAGCAGAAACAGGAGGAAAUUAUGUUUUGCUAAUGACACAUUUUGUUGAGCUUUGGCUUUAGCAUUUGGCUCUCGCUGCAGUGUGGCCUGCCAGCUAGUGAAUGCAUAUAAUGUGCAGCAGUGUAACCUUUUCUUCUGAAAGAAGGAAAUAACAUUUUGCACACUUAGUUCAGAAAAUACAAGAGAUCCUAAAAAGGGUUGGUGCAGCAAAUCAGGACCAGGUCAGAAACAGUUGGCGUCAAAAUAUAGACAACCAGAAAAAAUUGGAAGACUUUUGUUUUAUUUCAGAUACAAUAAUGUGGAAAUAAAUUCUUCAUAAUUAGGUUUAUCAUUAGCCCAUUUGUUUAAAACUUUCAUAAACAUCUGUUCCUAAUUGCUAUACAUACCGCUAUCUCCAUUUUACAAAUCAUGUCCAGUGAGGGCCUUAGUUCCCAAAACAAUCAGAGGUUUCUGCCUUAGGAUCAUCUACAAGGAGCAGCUAGAGUGAAUAUGUGAACUGGAGCAGUUUUUGUUGUGAUAACCAGAAGUAAAAUAAAUAAUGCAUUUGCAGUUUUGGGGGAUUUAUUUAUUUUUAUUUUUGCUAAUCACCGGAUUUAAAAAGACAGGAUGCUACCACAACAAGAUAUUCAGCUUUAGUCUGCCUUCCCCAUUUAAGGUGGCCUGUUUUAUGGCUUGUGUGGUGUAAUAAGAUGAAUAAUUGAAAAAGUAGCAGGUU